AUGAGUAAAAAGUCAACCUCUGGUCGUCAAAGAAUUCCAAUUGAAAAAAUAGCAAAAAAAAGUCAUUUACAAGUUACAUUUUCUAAACGGCGUUCAGGACUUUUCAAAAAAGCUAGCGAACUUUGCACACUGUGUGGUGUGGAAAUUGCAAUAAUCGUUUUUUCUCCAGCUGACAAAGCAUUUUCUUUUGGCCACCCAGGAGUUGAAUCCUUAAUCGAUUGCUAUUUCGCUCAAAACUCUCCUUCAGAGCUUAGUAGUAGCCACCAACUUGUUGAGGCUCAUCGCAAUGCGAAUGCUCGUAAUCUCAACAUGCAACUCACUCAAAUUCUGAAUCAAUUGGAGAUUGAGAAAAAAUAUGGUGAUGAGUUAGACCAAGCACGCAAAGCUAGGCAGAGGCAAUUCUGGUGGGAGACACCCAUUGAUGAGCUUGGAUUGUAUGAGUUACAACAUUUAAUGCUUUCAAUGGAGGAACUAAAGAAGAAUGUUGGGAAAUUUGGUAGCAAGAUGAUGUUGAUGGAGCAAAGCUCACAAAUUGUUGGGUUUGGGCCUAAUGAAUUUGCGCUUUUUGAGAACAAACCUGCCCCUGAGAUUUAUGCUAGUUCAUCCACUGUUGCUAAUGCAUCUAAUCUGUGUUUUCGUUAUUGA